AUGUUCUGCAGUCAUAGUACUCCCGUAUUGCGUCAGAUCGUCGGACGUCUUACGCCAAGCACCAACAGAUGAAGAAUUAAUAUUGUGCUCGUUCGAAAUUUAGACCGAAGGCACAGUCGACCUGUUGCAGUAGUGCUGGCUGGCAUCAUGUGCAUUGAACUGUAAGAUUAAUUAAUCAGAUCGCAAUGAAUUCCGAUUCUAACAUACUACGGCAUAUAAGUGAAAACGAGCAUCGACAUUUUAUCGUCUUGGAAGAAAACACGGAAGACGCGUAUAUGGACUCUCUUGUAAAGCCUCGAAAGAGGCGCUUGGAUCAUCUUACAUGGGAGGAAAAGAUACAACGGAAGAAGCUGAAAAAUCGUGUUGCAGCGCAAACAUCGAGGGACAGAAAGAAGGCCAAAAUGGAUCUUCUGGAGGAAAGUUUUGAUAAACUAAUGGCCCAAAAUAAGCGUGUGCUGGCUGAAUGCGAAAACCUGAAAAAGUUAAAUGAGACUUUGAGAAAUGAGAACAUGGAGUUGCGGCAAUCACUGCGUCAAUCGACCUGCCCGAAUUGCGACAGUUGCAGCCACCAUCAUCAAAACCGACGCGUCGAAUGUGACGGCCACCUGAGCGGAUCUGCAGCAUCCGAAUUUCUCCUUCAGCAGCAAGGAGUGGCCCCUCACUCGGCGGCGGCUUUGAUGAGUUGGAGCAGCAGCAGCCUCAUAGCAUUGAAGAUACUUCUGGCAUGCCUUCUCUGCAAGACCUCCUCGACGAGCUCAACAAAGAUGUCGAUAUUGGCAGCUUGGAUGAGCUCACAGCAAGCCUCCUUGCUGACAUCACCAACAACUUUGAUGCAGUGGGUGAAGAUGUUAAAUCUCAACUGGCACCAAUUUGAGUUUGUCAUCAUGAAACGUUUGAGGACACAACUCGUGAAUCCGGUGAUCCUGGACAAGUGGUGGGGCCGCCAUCAGAACAACUGGAACCCCCUGGAAAUGGCAAGAGCGUAAGCGCCAUCGCCUCACCAUUUCCACUCUUGCACCACGAUUAUAGUUGCAAACCAGCGGUGCGGGGCUGUACGAAAAAAGUGAAAACAAUCAAGCCGAAGCGGCGGAUUGCCCCUUCUCCUCAACCUGCGGCUUCACUCUGCGGAUUCUACGAUGAGGCCGAGAAUUGCAUCACCAUCAUAGUGGACGGCGAGCAGGACCUGAGCCAGAGUGUCGCACAAUUGCAGGAGCAACUACUCCCCGACAGCACAACGGUCGUCGAUACCACAUUGCUAAGCGCGCCGGACAUUUCCUCAAGCGCUUCCGACGGCGGGUACGAAUCGCUGGGGUCACCCAGCAGUUUCCAUGACGACUUCUUCGAUUCGACGGUCUCUGCGCUCUUUCCGCAAUUGAUAUAGCUGCGAAGUUUGUUUCAUUUAAUUACUUUUGUACAUAUGAAUUUGAUGUGAGAUUAUAAUCGUGCCUGCAAGAUA